AUGGAUAAAGGAAAUCGUUCAGUUGUGACAGAAUUUAUUUUUAUGGGCAUAACUCAGGACCCACAGCUGCAGAUUAUCUUCUUUGUGGUGUUUCUUACUGUCUACCUGAUCAAUGUAGUUGGCAAUGUUGGCAUGAUUAUCUUGAUCGUGAUGGAUGCACAACUUCACACGCCCAUGUAUUUUUUCCUUUGCAAUCUGUCCCUCGUGGAUCUUGGCUACUCAUCUGCCAUUGCUCCCCGAAUGUUGGCAGAUUUUCUGACCCAGCGCAAGGUCAUCUCCUUCUCCAGCUGUGCUACACAAUUUGCCUUCUUUGUUGGAUUUGUGGAUGCUGAAUGUUAUGUUUUGGCUGCCAUGGCAUAUGAUCGUUUUGUGGCUAUCUGCCGCCCACUUCACUAUAGCACUAUGAUGUCUAACCGGAUCUGCCUUGUGCUUACGGUGGGAUCCUACUUUGCUGGACUGGUAAGUUUGGUAGCCCAUACUUCACUCACAUUCAGUCUAGAUUACUGUGGUUCUAACAUCAUCAACCAUUUCUUCUGUGAAAUCCCACCACUCCUAGCUCUCUCUUGCUCAGACACUUACAUCAGUGAAAUCUUACUCUUCAGCUUGUGUGGCUUCAUUGAAUUCAGUACCAUCCUCAUCAUAUUUGUUUCCUAUGCUUUCAUCCUGAUUGCCAUCCUGAGAAUCAGCUCCAAUGAAGGUCGGCUCAAAGCUUUUUCCACCUGUGGAUCCCACCUCACUGGUGUCACCCUGUUCUAUGGAACAGUCAUGUUCAUGUAUCUUAGGCCAACAUCCACCUACUCCCUGGACCAAGACAAAUGGGCAUCUGUGUUCUAUACUGUAAUCAUUCCCAUGUUAAACCCUAUUAUUUACAGUUUGAGAAAUAAGGAUGUGAAAGCUGCUUUCAAAAAAGUGAUCAUCAGGAAAUCUCAAUAA